UCAGUUAUCUAAGGUGAGCGCCGGCUUCAAUUUGCAUGUAAUGUCUUGGAGAAGAGAGCCUAAGAAUGAAGCAGCUAUUAGCAAUCGAGUGAGAUGACAAUACAAGAGCCUUGUGGGGCCCGAAAAAUAUUACUCAGUACAUCUGUGACCGCCAGACAGACAGAAAAGAAUGAGGCUUCAAUCGAUAGCAAGCUUGCUAGUUCUCCGCAACAAGAAGGCGUUUUUUGUCAUUGUGGUCGUUGUUGCAACAGUCGUUUAUCUUGGCACUGUGAGGGAUUUCUUCCGAAUGGAACAGUACACGGCAGUAACUCCUAAAGAAGACAUGCAGAUACAGGGGGAAAAUCUCUUUUUGGAUCGCAUUAUGAGCCAGCGGCGUGAAGACGAGACCUUUUUCGGGGAUGUAACAACCAGACGAAAUUCGAUAGCUGGCAUUUCUGAUACAAUGCACAUCGAAACACCAGGAGAAGAAGUAUUUCAUGCCAUGAAAACGGGCAAAAGUAGGAUGCCUCAGGGAAGGAGAAACAAAAAUAUCACGCUAUUACCAAGUGAUGAUGAUGAUAAUGAUGAUGAUGAUGAUGAUGAUGAAGGUGGCGCCAGCAAUGCUAAUGAUGACGAAGAUGAUAAUGACCAUGUUAACAAACUGGAUCACAGUGAGGAGACCCAUGAUGACAAUGAUGAUGAUGAUGAUGAUGAUGAACAUCACAGUGAUGAUGACCAUAAUCAGAAGGAUCGUAAUCGAAAGGAAGGUGACGACGGUGACGACAAUGAUAUGGACCAUGACGACAAACUGGAUCACUAUGAGAACAUCGAUGAACACAAUGAUGAUGAUGAUGAUGAUGAACGUCAUAGUGAUGAUAUCCAUAAAAAUAAGGAUCGCAAUGGAAAGGAAGGUGACGACGAUGACGACAAUGAUAGUGACCAUGACAACAAACUAAAUAAUUAUCAGAAGACUGAUGAUCACAAUGACGAUGAUGAUGAUGAGCGUCAUAGUGAUGAUGACCAUAAUAAGGAGGAUGGCAAAGAUAAGGAAGGUGACACUUGGAAUGAUUUGUCCAUCAGUAGCCGCUAUAAAGGAUCAUUUCCAUUAUCAAAAGAGAGAAUGACGGAUACCCCAGGUAAUUCUAAGCACGACUUGGUCAAUUCUAUACAGCCCACAUCACAAAAAAAGAAGAAUGCAAGAUUUUCUCCUUCGACAAUUGCAAUUUUAAAGGGUUUGUCAUCGAAAGUUAUCCUUAAAGAGAAUCAGCAACCUUUAAUCCCAAAAGAGCUGAACAGUGUUGUCAGUGAGAAAAACUUACUUUUUCAAAAAUCAAAAAAGAUAUUAAAUCUAAGUGAUUCUGAUAAUUUCAGUCAACCGCCAGUCAAUCUGUUGGUAUCUCAAGGCUUCAGGAAUAACGGAAACCGGAGAUCCUCUACAUUUCAUUUAAACAAACCAAUUCCACCACCUAUUGGAUUUUCACCGGCUCCCAGCCUUUCGAUAACAAAAUCACCAUGGCUGUUUUUUAAUGACAAAUCGGUUACACCUAAACAUUACAAUAGAACAUCAGUUUGUCCACUCCUGCAAGUACGAAAACUUAGAAUGUUGCCUGAGAAUGUCCACUGUGUUCCACGAAACCGUUCCUUUCGGAGUUGUUUGAAGGCAUUUCAAGACUAUGAUCUUGGAGGCAAACCUCUAACCUGCGGAAACAGUCCACCAGAGGAGCCGAUGUGUUUGAUCAAUAUUAUCAGGCAAUUUCCUAACUUAAGGGUACCAGUUGUUGCGUGUAAUACAUCAUUGUGCGGAACAAAUCCUGUGUACGUCCUAGAGUACAGUCCUAUUUAUGGAAUCCUCGAGGAACGCCAUCUGUGGAAACGCUUUUUCACUUCACGGGGGCUUGAAAAGUACCUCGAGAGAUACAUAAACACAAAUUAUACCCUCAACUUUAAUUUUUGCCUUCUCCUUUGUGUCCGCAAAGGUAGGACAGGUUUCAUCGAACAGUUGAUGACAUUUCCCAUAGCGCAAAAAACUACUAGUAGUAGAGUAAGCAAUGAGGCGAAGUUCAACCUUAACAUUUUGGUGCUUGAUUCUGUGUCACGGCCGCAUUUCUACCGAACACUUCCAAAAACGGUCACGUCCCUGAGAGAAAUAGAUCAUUUAGAAUCGCACAACGCUACUGUAAUGGAUUUUGAGUUACUACAUAGCUUAGCUUCAUAUACUUUCCCCAAUAUCAGGGCUUUAAUGUCUGGUAGGAUAGACUUGAGUGCUUUUGGAAGGCAUGAAAAUGAGACUUAUGGUAUAGAGGUUCUAUUUGGAAAAUUCAAACAGCUUGGUUAUUACACAUUGCUUCAAGAAGACAGCUGUUGGUAUGAUUCGUGGGGUUCGCUGUUUACAGACAAUGUAUAUCAGGGUAACAUGCCACGAUACAAACACGAGUUUGCCAACCGUUGGAAAAGGUUUCUUGAAAAGGUCAAGAAUUACAAUGUAGACGAUUUUGGUUUAUCGCAUGCUUCCUGUGAAAUUUUCAAGCGCCAUAAAACAACCAAUCAAUUUAACCAUCCGAAGAAAGUGUGUUUCGAUGGAAAACCUUUCGCGGAAUACUUUCUUGAUUAUAACGAGAAGAUUUACAACAAUGUGCUAAAGAUAGGGAAAAAAGCCAGACUUCUAUCAUACACACAUCUUAACACGGGACACGAAAUAACUGGAUCUCGCAUACGACAAAUCGACAAAAGACUUUCACAAUACAUUAAAAACAUGGCUAAAAUGGAAGACACGUUGACUAUUGUGCUUUCAGAUCACGGUCCAAAAACAACUAAAUAUUCAUUUCACACAAGGGAAGGAAGAACCGAAAAAUACGAUCCAUUAUUUUUUAUUGUAAUUCCAGACAAAGUGGCAGCAAUCCUAGGUCGACGAACACUCCACGCCCUAGAGCAGAAUCAAAACCGUAUCAUCAAUACUCUGGAUAUUCACAAUGGGCUUAUGUCUUUAGGGAAAGCAACAAACUCGUCUAGUAUAAAAGACAAAGGCAUAUUUGAUUUAAUUCCUGCCAAUCGCACGUGCGCAGAUUUACCGAGGAAACCUCUGGCGGUUUGCAAGUGCCAAGGCUGGGAAACAAAUUUUCCAGAUAACGAUAAACGAUUUACCUGGCUAGCAGAAUUUGCCCUUGGAACUAUAAACAACCAAAUUCAAGAGCAGUUUCUGAGAGGCGACAAGCAGGCUGGAGGUUAUGGAAAUUGCCAACGCUUGGUUGGAGAGAGCUUUACCAAGAUUCGGCGUCGCUCCCAGGGAAAACAUUACGUCACAACCAUGGAUAUUAUCGUAACACCGGGACAGGAGAUUUUCGAGGUGCAAAUCAAAUAUCCUCGGGUGUUAAAGAACCAAAACUCCUUUGCAAAACUUACAGUUCACGAGCGUGUCACUAUUUACAGACAUUUUCGAAAAUGCGUGGACACCACAGUUAGUUUAGGAUUGUGUGUUUGUGAUAGCAAAAAACAUCCUAAGCAACAAACAAAGCAAAGAUGGAUAAAGAUUAAAAAGAGAGAGGAUGUAUUGAACAUCAUUUCACGAUCCAACAGCUUUGGAUCACAAACUAGGAUAAAAGACAUCCAUCAAAGCUGUCUUCUUCUUUUUUAUAGGAACCGUAGGAGAAGGAGCACUAGUUUUGAAAUUUCAAAUACUUGCAACGACAGAACGUAUAAAGUCACUAUUUCUUUAAUAGAAGUUGAUACCAACAGAGUUUUUGUUUCGCGAAAAGUACCAUUUUCCAUUUUUUUGCCUCAAAGGACAAUUCACUUUCUUCUAGCAAUUAGACGUUUAGGGAAUACAUCCCAUAAUUUUAGGCUGAGAGUAAAGCAUGCAGUGCAAUUUUCUAGGAAUAGAUAGGGUGUGUACUUUUUUUAAUUCGCGUCUUUGCGUACCAGAUCAUACACAUGACUGUGUGUUUUUGUUUUGUUUCAUCUCUCAUUUGCUGUUCCUGAUGGAUGCUUUUUUAACAAGGGAUAUGAAUGAUAUUGAUUUAUUUGACCUGUGCCAGAUAGUGGAUUACAAAAAAUGAUAGUCUAGUAUGAGAGGAUGUGUUUCUGGAUUGGUUGAUUAGCGUAACAGAUAUUUUUUAUAUCUCCAAUCUUCAAAGAAACUGAAAAAUUUUUGAGGUAAAAAAUUUUUUGCAACUGACGUUUUGAGAAAAGAUUCCUUUUUUUGCAAUGGCAAAGCAUUUGCUAACUGUUGGGUCAAUAAAUACAAAUUUAUU